UCAAAGGAAGGUCUCACUUUUUCUCUCAAAGAGAUCUUUGAAUCUCUGAAUCCACUCCUUGCAGUCACAGCAUCCUGCUCUUCCUUACCAAAAACAUCCUCAACUCCUACCGUAACCAUCAUACUAAUCCACCAUGAAGCUAUCAAUCAUUGCUCUGUUCGCUCUUCCUUUUGCCAAAGCCAGUGGUGUUCUCACGUCCUCUACCCAUCGAUCAUUGGCUUCAACCAACCUUGACCAACUUGGAUCAGCCAUCUUUGGCACACCCUCAAACCUCCUGACUGGACGUGGCAAUGUCGAAUUCGGAAGCUCCGUGUUCCUGUCAUCUGACGGAAGCAACCUCCUUGUCGGGGCUAUUGAGAAUGACUUUGAUGCUGAUGGAGUCCAAGCAGUGAACUCUGGUGCAGUCUUCCUGUAUGAACUCAAUGAUCAACGCGAGUGGGACUCUACUCCAACCUGGUCCCUUCAUGGUGCAGCUACUGAAGAAGUAGGAGAAUUUAUCUCUCUCAGCAAUGAUGCUUCAAUGGUGGCUGUCCGUCGCUACAACUCUGUCCCGCAUCCUGUGGAAAUCUACAACCCAUCAACUGGCAAUCUCAUUGGCUCCCCUGUUGCCUGCCGUGACAAUGGUCCCAACUCCAUCGACGGCGAUUUUAUUGCUUUGAGUCCUGAUGGACAACGUCUCGCUUUGAAUUGCCGAACCUCUGCCGGACGUGUCCAGUUCUUUGACUUGGUUGGUGAUGCCUGGAUCACCAAUGGCGAACUCAAUGGCUCUGCUGCUGGAGAUCAGUUUGGAUUCAUCUUUUCUUUCUCCGGAGAUGGCAACCGCAUUGCAAUAGGGUCUCCCAACCAUGAUACUGCAGGCAACAAUGCUGGACUCGUUCAAGUCUUUGACUACGAUGGUGCUGUCUGGUCUCAAGUUGGCCAAGAUGCCUUUGGCUUGGGUGACAAUCACCAGUUUGGAUUCGCCCUUGAUCUUUCCCAUGAUGGCACCACUCUUGUUGUCUCUGCUCCCGCCGCUUCCUCUGCUGCAGGUGAUCUUGCUGGUCAGGUUGAGACCCUCACUUACAACACAGCUUCUGAUGAGUGGGUCCGUGGCCAGUUUGCUGAGGGUGGAGUCAUUGCUGGAGACCCAUCAGAUCGAUUUGGACGCUCCAUCUCUGUCUCUUCCGAUGGAUCUCGCUUCAUUGCCUCCUCUUGGACCAACAGCCAAUCUCGAGGGAAGGUGGAGCUCUACGAAUUGCAGGAUGGCCAGUGGACUGAGAUUGCAAGUGCCACAGGAAACAAUGUCGGGGAUCGCCUUGGUUUUGGACGCUCUGGAGUCUACUUGACACCUGAUGGCACCACACUGGGUGCUGGCGAAGUUUGGACCAAUGAUCCUGCAAUUGAUCCCGCCCAGAACAACCCCUCCACAGGCCGUGUUUUGGUCUUUGAGACUCAGGUUGGAACUACUACCACUGAUGCUCCAACAACUUCCAUCCCCAGUGCAUCUCCCAGUGCAUCACCCACUGCGUCUCCCAGCGCCUCUCCCACAGCAUCACCCACAGGCAACCCCACUGCCUCUCCCACGGACACCCCCAUUUCCAGUCCUUCAAAGUCCCCUUCCCUGGCUCCCAUCACAGACAGUCCUACUGGUGGUACAGCAGAAACUGAGUCACCUUCUGCAGCCCCCAUCACAGGCUCUCCCACAACUGGUAGCCCAACAAGUGCUACUCCCACUGGUUCCAAUACUGGUAGCCCCACCGGUUCCCCUACAGGCUCGCCCACCGCUUCCCCCACCGCUUCCCCUACCGGCUUGCCCACAGGGAGCCCCACCGAGAGUCCCACUGGUUCCUCUACUGGCUCCCCCACAGGGAGCACCAACAUCGCCCCCACACCAACUCCGUCUGUUGCUGCAAGUUCCACCUCUUCUCCCACAUCUGAUGUAUCUUCUCCUACAGCAUCAGAUUCUUUGACACAGUCUCCAACAGCUGUUGAUGACGACUUUAUUGAUGAUGAUGCCUUGGGAUUCAUGCACUGGGACAUCACAAGAACAGGGGACAUUGAUGUGGAGUUCAGCGAUGAAAGAUCUGACAUGGAGAUUAUGCUGACCUACAACAUCAACAGGCGCAGCUUCAUGGUGCGGGUCUUUGAGUCUGACUGUGGAACCCCUGUGGCCAACACAACCAUUGUGAUCAAUGCCACUGCUUCCCCAAGCUCAUUUGCGCAUGACACCUUGACUAUAAUGCUUGAUGUUGUCCAAGAUGAACUCUUUGACAGCCCCAUCUUCCAAUCAAUUGAUGCUGAAUCAGCAGUGCUUGAAAUCUGUACUCGGCUAGACUUGAUCGAUGAUGAUGGCACAUCGGUGGUCUUCCAUGAGCAGCAGCUGGUUGUUAAUUUGGACCUCACCAACAAUUUUGCCACUGACGUCACUCUUAGCCGCGAAGAUGCUGAUCUUGAUACUGCAGACGUUGACCUUCAGUAUGGAAUCUAUGCUUGCGCCUGCAACCCUGCCACUUUUGAAUGCUUGCAAAAUGAAAAUGCUGUGUACACACAGAACUCCAUUGUGUCCAUCUGCCUCAACAGCACUGAUGCUUCGAUUUCUGAUGUCCAAGAGUUGCAGCUGACCCAAGGAACCCUCACCAACUUUGCCAUCACAAACUUCACUGGAACCAAGUUCACUCGAGUUUUUCUUCUCAAUGAUGGGCGUGCUGUCAUCCAAACACGUCUUCUUUCAGCCUUCUUCUCUUCUUCUAAUCCUGAUCCUAUUGAAGCAAGUGGAACAGUCACACUUGGAUUUGAUCGCCGCAGCCUACGACUUGCCCGCUCUCUGGCAGAAGCAAAUGGUGAAUAUGCUGAGUUCGGUGGUCUGGAGCUUAAUGUUGCUGGCUCGGAGUCAAAUGCUGGUCGUGUGGUAUUUGGCUCUUCUCUGUUGGUAGCAGCUGCCAUGGCUUUGUUCCUCUGAGCAUGAACUGACUUGGUGCGAGUGUAUUGUGUGUGGCGCGGCGUUGAAGCUUAGCAGCUUACCAGUAGUGAUGUAGAGAACAUAACUUUUGAGAGCCAGCCCCCCUUCUUAAUCUU